AUGCAUGAGUUAGUUGAAUUAGAUAGAUAUUUUAAGGAAAAAAGGUACGAUGAAACUUUUUUGGAAUUUUUAAGUGCUGAUAAAGGAGAGUAUUCCAAGACUUAUUUAUUAAAAAGCAAUGAUGAGAAACUUGUGCAAUUGUAUAAUAUCUGUAUCAAGUUAUAUCGAGGGUCUGAGAACCAGUUAGAGCUAUGUGAAGAACAGCUGAAAUUGAUGAAUAGAAUUGCAGAAUCUCAAUCUAAUUGGAUUAUAUAUCCACUUUAUAAAGUUGCGAAACAGUUUAUUGAAAAGUGCAAAGGUGAUAUCAAUAAUUUAGAGAACUGUGGUAGAAUUGUUCAUCGUAGUUUCAAUUUAUGUUUAAAUGAUAGGAAUCCUAUCCAAUAUGAAAAUAGAAAUGCUGGUUCCUACAGUUUUGCAAAUUUAGAAUUCUAUAUUUAUCAUAAGCUGAAUAAUAGGGAUAUGAUGAAGAAUUUGGUUAAAGUAUUACAAUCUCGUUGCAUGGAUAACUUAGAAUCUGUGAGGAAAAUUGAAUUUACUGGUCAUGCUGUUAAUUAUUUUUAUUAUUUAGGGGAGUAUUAUGGAUGCUAUGAGUCCGAUUUCAAGAAAAGUUUUACAUUCCUAUACGAAGCAUUAUUGCAUUGCAGACAUUCAUAUUACCCACAAGUAGAAAAAAUACUGACUCUAUUAAUACCGUUCAGUCUAAUAGCAAAUAAGUGGUACCCAAAUUUCGACUAUUUACAAGGACUAUUAAGAAAUACUAAAGGUACCAAUACUCCAGAAAUAAUAACUAUUUAUAAGCCAUUAGUAGACUCUUUCUUAACUGGAAAUUUAUCAAAGUUCAAUACUUCCUUCUCUGUCAAUGAGAUAUAUUUCUUGAAAAAGGGCGUCUACGUUGCAGUUUACCAAUUGAAGGAAUUAGUACUGUUGAAAUUCAUCAAAAAAUGUUGUCUGGAUAUCAAAUCUAAUAAUAACAGCAUCGUGCCAUUGAAACCCAUCGCUGUGAUAUACUCAAAACAGUUGGAAUCAUUAAGGAUACCUACAACAGGGAAUAAGAAAAAGAAGAAAACCCAAUCGAACACACCAAAACUAACCUAUGAGGAAAAAAUCAACGAUAUAUUAGAUGAAUUGGAGUGUGCUUUAGCAAAUUUGAUUACCAAAGGAUACAUAAAGGGUUAUCUGUCCCACUCUAACCGAUGUAUCGUCUUAAGUAAAAAAGAUGCUUUUCCAAGGUUAGCGAGAUCAGUAGCAUAA